AUGGCAGAGAUUGAAGUGGCAGGAGAGGUUGUGGUAGACCUUGACAUGAUUGCCCCUGACUUAGGCGCUGAGCUAGACACUGCUCUGACCAAGGGGGGAAACAUGUUACAGGUCCCAACACAGAUCAUGGAUCCUGGAGAUAUGCCUCUACUCCAAACACCUUGCAGUGACACAAUACCAAGUAUAUAUGACAGUGUCUCUGUGCUUGAAUCUGAUUGCACAGAAUCACCAGACCCACUGGACCUGCCUAGCUAUACAGCCUUUGCAGCAACAUGUUCUGAAACUCAAGCAAUAACACUUGGCAAUCAUCACCUCAACCACAUGGCAUUCACAGCAAUGGUGAUGAAUGGGACUGCACUUGUUGCCAGUGGUCAACAACUGCACAGUGCUGAUGGAAUCUUACUGGAACCAUUUUCACUCAAUGAACUAAGUUGUGCAAUCACUGGGGCAAGUGGCAAGAGGCAAUGA